UCCUGCGACUGAGCUGCCCAGCCUGCAGGUUGUGUACUGGGUUAUUAGUGCACACUCACACACACGGAAGUACAUUCUUGUGUGCACCAAGUUGACAACAUGGGGAAACACUGGCCUGCAGUUUGUGCAUUGAUUUUAGCUCUCGGUGCAUAUGUGCACUUUGACACAGCUUUUGCUGCAGAGACUGAAUGCAAAACAACAGCAAAGCCAGGAAUUUGUCCUCGCAGGAACUGGGGCGCAGGGCUGUGUGCUGAGUUUUGCUCCAGUGACAGUGACUGCCCCAACAAUGAGAAAUGCUGCUCCAAUGGAUGUGGACAUAAGUGCAUUGCACCCUACAAAGUGAAGCCAGGUCGCUGCGCCUUACCCCAGGGAACCUCCAUGUGUGCUGAGUACUGCUAUCAUGAUGGUCAGUGUCCGGGAGAGCAGAAGUGCUGCAGAACAACGUGCGGCCACGCCUGCAGCGAGCCCUGCUGAGUGGACUGCCUCUGACUCAACUGCAUGUGUGCACUUGUUUGGUUAAUUUCAUGCAACCACACAGAAAAAUGCAUAAUGUUUCUACCUUUUUCAUUGCUAUUACUUUUUGGUCAAAUAUCUGAGCACCACUUUGAAGUGGUGUCAUUCUUUGGGUUGGGAAAGUAAUGUGCUUGACUCGGGUUUUUUUUACUGCACCCGUACUUGAAGUAAACACAAAAUACCAGAAAGAUUUUGUUAAUACUUUCUUCAUUAAGUAAUCUAAUCUACACUUGGAAAAUCAAAGAAUAUAAAUCUCAUACAUAUAAUUUCCUUUUCUUUACUAGAAAGUGAUCAGUGGGUCUUUUGUGCCUCUUAAAGUCUUCAAGUGACCUGCAGACUAUUUGUAUAUUAACUUGAUCAGUUUACAACUUCUUAAUCGUUUAUUAACGUCAAUAAUAUUUUGGUAGAUUUCUGUACGGUUGGAAUCACUGUAUAUCUUCUGAAUGGAUAAAACAACAGUUAUUUUGUAUCUCUUCCUCGUGGAGUUAUGAGACAUAUUUCUUUGUAUUCCAGAAGAUAAACAUGUUCCCAGAACACAGAAAA